UGACCUGUGGAAGAAGCCAGUGACAUGCACCUUAAUUUGCAUAGGAAUCAUGAAAUAUAAAGAGCUAAAUUCCACUGGCUUUUGCAGACCAAGUGCUGAGUGAGAGAAGGACACCUCACUGCGUUUUCUUUUGGCCCAGGUUUGAAAAGAUGUUGUGUGUUUCUCUGUUUCUGCUUUUCUCUUUUCACGCAGCUCUGAGCCUUAAAAUCUGCUCUUUCAACGUGAGGUCAUUUGGAGAAGCCAAGCGAACAAGACCAGAAAUCUUGGAUGUCAUUGUAGAGGUUAUUUCUCAGUGUGACAUCAUGCUACUGAUGGAAAUAAAGGACAACAGCAACCGGCUAUGCCCCUUCCUCUUAGAGAAAUUGAAUGGUCACUCGCAAGAAAAGUACAGUUAUAUGGUCAGCAAUCGGUUAGGAAGAAGGACCUAUAAGGAACAAUAUGCUUUUUUCUACAGAUCAAAAAUGGUGUCAGUGAAGCAAAUCUAUCAGUAUCCCGAUCUGCAGCCUGAUGACGAAGAUGCACUUUCCAGGGAGCCUUAUGUUGUCUGGUUCUCUUCUCCAAAAACUGUGGUCAGGGAAUUUGUGAUAAUCCCUCUGCAUACAACACCUGAAAUGGCUGUUCGGGAAAUUGAUGAACUCUAUGACGUGUACUUAGAUGUAAGACAACGCUUCAAGUCUGAGAAUUUCAUCUUCAUGGGAGACUUCAACGCUGGCUGUGGCUAUGUUGCGAAGAAACACUGGAAGAAUAUCAGACUGAGAAAUCACACUGAAUUUGUUUGGCUGAUUGAUGACAAAACUGACACGACGGUGAAAGCCAGCACCCGCUGCCCCUAUGACAGGAUUGUGCUCCGUGGGGAGAAACUCAUAAAUGCUGUUGUACCAGACUCAGCCGGCAUCUUUGAUUUUCAGAGGGCCUUUUCGAUGACUGAAGCACAGGCUUUAGCAGUGAGCGAUCACUUUCCAGUAGAGUUCCAGCUGAGAGCCAGCAGACAUUCCCCAAGACGAGCAAGAGCAAGCAAUCGUAGGCGCCUCUUGCAACAGGGCUAGACAAGAGACUGCUGUUCUCCGAAGAGAAAAGAAAUUGGAUGUAUAUUCACAAGAAAAGAGUGGGUUUAGUUUUUGACCUUUUCCUUGAUGUAUGUCGGCCUCCCAUAUGGCCUAUUUCACCAAAAAUAUGCAAACCGAAACUAUUUUUAUUGUUAAAAGCAUUCAAGGUUAAAUAAAAUAAAUGAGCU